CUGUGUGUGUGUACUGUACAGCGGUACCUUUGGUUGGUACAACAGUGGUUUAAAGGUGCAAUCCACUAAUUUUGGCUUUCAAAACUGAUUAAUUAUCAAAAGAUAAUAAAUAAUAACUUUAAUAUACAUUCAAGUUCCUCUGGGCACCACCCUUAAAGAAAAACAAUAGCCAAUAAUUGAUUGAUUCAGUCGUAAAACACACUAAACUAUCAAUUUAGAAAUAAAUAUAACCAAAAUCACUAUUAAUAGUUAGUAAGUGGAAGGAUGUGGAGUUCUGGUAUCAGCCAGCAUGUAAACACACACACACACACACACACACACACACACACACACACUUCAUUAAAGAGAUAAUGAAGGCAAACACAGGAAACACACAAUGUACAAUCUAACCAAAAAGAAACUAAGCUAAAGAAAAGGGUGUUUGUGUGCAAACAGGAAGUGACCCAUCAGAUUAAUAUGUCCAGUUAAAAUCACACAAAAUGAACAAGUUCAUAUUUAAAGGCCCCCCAACAACACACAAAUAUAUAUUUACAUAUAUUACUUACUGAUGUUGUUUUGUUCUGUUACAAGUUUUCAAGUAUUUAAUUUCCAUUGAAGGUUUUCAUUCUGGUUGUUAUUGUACAAAUAAAGCACAAAACACACAAAUGGACACAUCGCUCUGAUUACGUUUACACUAUAUAUACAGUAUAUUCAGUCAGUUAUUAUACAGCCCCAUUUCCAAUGAAGUUGGGAUGUUGUGUAAAACGUAAAUAAAAACAGAAUACAAUGAUUUGCAAAUCCUUUUCAACCUAUAUUCAAUUGAAUACACUACAAAGACAAGAUAUUUAAUGUUCAAACUGAUAAACUUUUUUGCAAAUAUUCACUCAUUUUGAAUUUGAUGCCUGCAACACGUUCCAAAUAAGCUGGGACAGGGACAACAAAAGACUGGGAAAGUUGAGGAAUGCUCAAAAAAAACCUGUUUGGAACAUUCCGAGCGAGGUUCACCACUUUGUGAACAACUGCGUGAGCAAAUAGCCCAACAGUUUAAGAACAACGUUUCUCAACGUACAAUUGUAAGGAAUUUAGGGAUUUCAUCAUCUAUGGUCCAUAAUAUCAUCAAAGGAUUCAGAGAAUCUGGAGAAAUCUCUGCACGUAAGCGGCAAGGCCGAAGACCAACAUUGAAUGCUGUGACCUUCGAUCCCUCAGGCGGCACUGCAUUAAAAACCGACAUCAAUGUGUAAAGGAUAUUACCACAUGGACUCAGGAACAUUUCAGAAAACCAUUGUCAGUUAACACAGUUCGUCGCUACAUCUACAAGUGCAAGUUAAAACUCUACCAUGCAAAGCGAAAGCCAUAUAUUAACAACACCCAGAAACAUCACCGGCUUCUCUGGGCCCGAGCUCAUCUGAGAUGGACUGACGCAAAGUGGAAAAGUGUACUGUGGUCUUAUGAGUCCACAUUUCAAAUUGUUUUUGGAAAUUAUGGACGUCGUGUCCUCCGGGCCAAAGAGGAGAAGGACCAUCCGGAUUGUUAUCAGCGCAAAGUUCAAAAGCCAGCAUCUGUGAUGGUAUGGCGGUGUGUUAGUGCCCAUGGCAUGGGUAACUUGCACAAAAUACGACAAUGGAGACCCCGGACUGUUGAGCAACUGAAGUUGGAUUGUGUUGCAGGCAUCUAAUUCAAACAGUAAGCCACGAUGACGUCAGAGGACCUUUUGAACACUCUGAAGGGUUUACGAGACGAGGACUUCAGGGACUUCAAAUGGUAUCUGGAGCAGCCUGACAUCCUGGAAAGGUACCAAGCUAUCAAAGUGUGUGAGCUGCAGACGGCAGAAAGGCGAGACACAGUGAAAUUGAUGGUGAACAACUAUGAACUUCAUGGAGCUCUGAAGGUGACCAAGAAGGUUUUAAAGAAAAUAAACAGGAACGAUCUGGUGCAGAAUCUGCCAGACACCAGCUCAGGACCAGAAGGGUCAGUGGAUGUCAAUGAUGUUGGAGAGACUUCAGAGAGAAGAGGACCAUCCUCCUCUCAGAGUGAAGAUGGGCUUGUUCCAGUACCAGAGCGACGACACAUCUCAUAUUACCAAAAAAAGCUUCAAAAAAACCUCAAGACUAGGUUUAUGUGUGCACAAGAGGGGUGGAUGGAAAAGAAGGAUGAGCAACCUCUGGACGACAUCUACACAGAACUGUACAUCACAGCUGGAGGUGACAUACACAUCAACAAACAACAUGAGGUCAUGCAGAUUGAAGUGGUGAAGUCAUCAGAAACAGAGAUAUCAAUUCAACCCAGUGACAUAUUCAAACCUCCCUCUGGAAAAACAAGAGCCAUAAGAGCAGUGCUGACCAGGGGAAUCGCAGGAAUUGGCAAAACAUUUCUUGUGUGCAAGUUUGUGUCAGACUGGUCUGAAGAAAGAGCCAAUCAAGAUGUUCAUCUCAUAUUCCCCUUCACCUUCCGCCAGCUGAACUCAUGGAAGGGCGAAGAGUUAUGCUUGGUAGAGCUAAUUCAUAAAUGUUUCAGGGAGACCAAAGACAUCCCAGAAGAAGCUCUUAAUCACAUCUUUACAACUCUGCAGUCAUCAGGAAACACCAACUAUGAUGACAGCGAAUUCAAACUUCUGUUUGUUUUGGAUGGACUGGAUGAGAGCCGCCUUCAACUGGACUGCUCUAACAAUAAAACCCAGAACACAGACUUCGAUGUGACAAAGUCCACCACAGUGGAUCAGCUGCUGUCAAACCUCAUCAAGAAGAAUCUGCUUCCCUCUGCUCGCCUCUGGAUAACCACACGACCUGCAGCAGCCAAUCAGAUCCAUUCUGAUUUUGUUGACACAGUGACAGAGGUCAGAGGGUUCACUGAACCUCAGAAGGAGGAGUACUUCAGGAAGAGAUACACUGAUAAGAAGAAGGCCAAUACGAUCAUCUCCCACAUCAAGAAAUCACGAAGCCUCCACAUCAUGUGCCACAUCCCAGUCUUCUGCUGGAUCACUGCUAUAGUUCUGGAGGAUGUGUUGAAGACCAGAGAGGGAGGAGAGCUGCCCAAGACCCUGACUGAGAUGUAUGCAGAAUUCCUGGUGUUUCAGAUUCAUCAGACAAAAGAGAAGUAUGUCAAAAAACAGUCAAUUCAGUACAUUAAGUCAUUAGCAAAACUGGCUUUCCACCAACUGAAAAAGGGCAACCUGAUCUUCUACGAGAAAGAUCUGAAAGAGAGCGGCAUUGAUGUCAGUGGAGCCUCAGUGUGCUCAGGAGUGUUCACAGAGAUCUUUAAAGAGGAACGUGGGAAAAAGAAUGAUGAAGACAAGAUGUUUAGCUUCGUCCAUCUGAGUGUUCAGGAGUUUUUGGCAGCUUUAUAUGUGGAGAGGGCACUCAUCAACCGGAACAAGAAUGUGAUGUCUGAGCCAGUGCAAACUUUGGUCAAACGAACAAAAAAGUUUUUUAGCAAAACAUCAAUCACAGAGGUCCACAUGUUUGCUGUUGACAAGGCCUUACAGAGUCCAAAUGGACACCUGGACUUGUUCCUCCGCUUCCUCCUGGGUCUCUCUCUGCAGACUAAUCAGAGUAUUUUACGAGACCUACUGAAAGAAACAAGAAGCUCACAGACCAAUCAGAAAACAGUUGAGUACAUCAAGAAGAAGAUCAGUGAGAAUCUGUCUCCAGAGAGAAGCAUCAAUCUGUUCCACUGUCUGAAUGAACUGAAUGAUCGUUCUCUAGUUGAAGAGAUCCAACAGUACCUGAGUUCAGGAAGUCUCUCCACAGAUGAACUGUCUCCUGCUCUGUGGUCAGCUCUGGUCUUCAUCUUACUGUCAUCAGAAACAGAUCUGGAUGUGUUUGACCUGAAGAAAUACUCUGCUUCAGAGGAGGCUCUUCUGAGGCUGCUGCCAGUGGUCAAAGCCUCCAACAAAGCUCUGCUGAGUGGCUGUAAUCUGUCAGAGAGAAGCUGUGAAGCUCUGUCCUCAGUUCUCAGCUCCCAGUCCUCUAGUCUGAGAGAGCUGGACCUGAGUAACAACAACCUGCAGGAUUCAGGACUGAAGCAGCUGUCUGUUGGACUGAAGAGUUCACACUGUAAACUGGAGACUCUCAGGCUGAGUGGCUGUAAUCUGUCUGAUAGAAGCUGUGAAGCUCUGUCCUCAGUUCUCAGCUCCCAGUCCUCCAGUCUGAGAGAGCUGGACCUGAAUAACAACAACCUGCAGGAUUCAGGAGUGAUGCUGGUGUCUGCUGGACUGAAGAUUACACACUGUGUACUGGAGAUUCUCAGGCUGUCAGGCUGUAUGAUCUCAGAGGAAGGCUGUACUUCUCUGGCCUCAGCUCUGAGAUCCAACCCCUCCCAUCUGAAAGAGCUGGACCUGAGCUGCAAUCAUCCAGGAGACUCAGGAGUGAAGCUGCUGACGGCUGGACUGGAGGAUCCACACUGGAGACUGGACACUCUCAGGCUCAGUAGCUGUAAUCUGUCAGAGAGAAGCUGUGAAGCUCUGUCCUCAGUUCUCAGCUCUCAGUCCUCUAGUCUGAGAGAGCUGGACCUGAGUAACAACGACCUACAGGAUUCAGGAGUGAAGCUGUUGUCUGCUGGACUGAAGAGUCCACACUGUACACUGGAGACUCUCAGGUUGAAUGUCUGUAAUCUGUCAGAGAGAAGCUGUGAAGCUCUGUCCUCAGUUCUCAGCUCCCAGUCCUCUAGUCUGAGAGAGCUGGACCUGAGUAACAACGACUUGCAGGAUUCAGGAGUGAAACAGCUGUCUGCUGGACUGAAGAGUUCACACUGUAAACUGGAGACUCUCAGUCUGCAGGAGAAUCGACAAUCGACUUCAGUCACAGAAAAGACGGCUACUUUUUCAGGAGCCACAAUGUCAAAGGAGGUCCUCUUGAGCACUCUGGACGACCUUGGAGAAGAUACAUUUAAGUGUUUCAAGUGGUUCCUGAUGGAUGAACGACUGAAAGACUCCUCAACCAUUCCAAGGAACAAGCUGGAGAAUGCAAAGACGUGGGAGACAGUUGAUCUGAUGAUCCAGACCUACACACUUCCUGGAGCUGUGGAGGUGACCAAGCAGGUCUUAAAGAAGAUCAACAGGCAUGAUCUACUGCAGAGUUUGGAACCAAAAGUGGAUGUCAGUGAUGUUGAAGAAACGUCCGAGCAAGGAGAAGCUGCCUUUCCUCAGACUGAAGACAUGAUAGUUCCGGUACCAAAGCCACAAACAAUCACACAUUACCAACACAUGCUUCGAUCAAACCUUCAGGACAAGUUCAUCUGUACACAAGAGGGGUGUAUGAAGAAGAAGGAGCGUCUGGAUGAUAUCUACACAGAGCUGUUCAUCACCACCGGUGGUGAUGUUAAUUUGAAAACACUGCAUGAAGUCAGACAGAUUGAGGCGGUGAUGAAGCCAGGAGAAACAGAGACACCAAUUAAACCCAGUGACAUAUUCAAACCACCCUCUGGAGAAUACAGACCCAUAAGAACAGUGCUGACCAGGGGAAUCGCAGGGAUAGGAAAAACGUUCAUUGUGCACAAGUUUGUGUUAGACUGGGCUGAAAAAGAAGCCAAUGAAGACGUGCAUCUAAUAUUCCCCUUCACCUUCCGGCAGCUGAAUUUAUGGAGGGGAGAAAAGUUCUGUUUGGCAGGGCUCAUUCGUAAAUGUAUCAGGGAGACCAAAGAUAUAACGGAAGAAGCUCUGAAUCACAUCUUUUCAACUCUGCAGUCAUCAGGAAACACCAACUAUGACAGAAGUAAAUUCAAACUUCUGUUUGUUUUGGAUGGGCUGGAUGAGAGCCGCCUUCAACUGGAUUGCUCUACUAAUAAAAAACAAGACACAGACUUUGAUGUUGCAGAGUUGACUUCAGUGGAUGUGCUGCUGUCAAACCUCAUCAAAAAGAAUCUGCUUCCCUCUGCUCGCCUCUGGAUAACCACACGACCUGCAGCAGCCAAUCAGAUCCCUCGUGAAUUUGUCGACAUCAUGACGGAGGUCAGAGGGUUCACUGACCCACAGAAGGAGGAAUACUUCAGGAAGAGAUACAGAGAUGAUGAGCAGGCCAGCAGAAUCAUCUCCCACAUCAAGACAUCACAAAGCCUCCACAUCAUGUGCCACAUCCCAGUCUUCUGCUGGAUCACUGCUACAGUUCUGGAGGAUGUGUUGAAGACCAGAGAAGGAGGAGAACUGCCCAAGACUCUGACUGAGAUGUACAUCCACUUUCUGGUGGUUCAGUCCAAACUGAAGAAUGUCAAGUAUGAUGGAAGAGCUGAGACAGAUCCACACUGGAGUCCGAACACCAAGAAUAUGAUUGAGUCUCUCGGAAAACUGUCUUUUGAGCAGCUGCAGAAAGGCAACCUGAUCUUCUAUGAAUCAGACCUGACAGAGUGUGGCAUCGAUAUGAAAGCAGCCUCAGUGUACUCAGGAGUGUUCACACAGAUCUUUAAAGAGGAGAGAGGACUGUACCAAGACAAGGUCUUCUGCUUCGUCCAUCUGAGUGUUCAGGAGUUUCUGGCUGCUCUUCAUGUCCAUUUGACAUUCAUCAACUCUGGAGUCAAUCUGCUGUCAGAACUAUCAAUCUCCCCAUGGAGGAAACUAUUUAGAAGCAAACCUCAACUCACAAAUUUGUACCAGAGUGCUGUGGACAAGGCCCUACAGAGUCCAAAUGGGCACCUGGACUUGUUCCUCCGCUUCCUCCUGGGUCUUUCACUGCAGACCAAUCAGACUCUCCUUCAAGGUCUGGUGACACAAACAGGAAGUAUCUCACAGACCAAUCAGAAAACAGUUGAGUACAUCAAGAAGAAGAUCAGUGAGAAUCUGUCUCCAGAGAGAAACAUCAAUCUGUUCCACUGUCUGAAUGAACUGAAUGAUCGUUCCCUAGUGGAGGAGAUCCAACAGUACCUGAGUUCAGGACGUCUCUCCACAGAUGAACUGUCUCCUGCUCAGUGGUCAGCUCUGGUCUUCAUCUUACUGUCAUCAGAAACAGAUCUGGAUGUGUUUGACCUGAAGAAAUACUCUGCUUCAGAAGAGGCUCUUCUGAGGCUGCUGCCAGUGGUCAAAGCCUCCAACAAAGCUCUGUUGAAUGUCUGUAAUCUGUCAGAGAGAAGUUGUGAAGCUCUGUCUGUAGGUCUCAGCUCCCAGUCCUCUAGUCUGAGAGAGCUGGACCUGAGUAACAACGACCUGCAGAAUUCAGGAGUGAAGCUGCUGUCUGCAGGACUGAAGAGUUCACAUUGUAAACUGGAGACUCUCAGGCUGUCAGGCUGUAUGAUCACAGAGGAAGGCUGUACUUCUCUGGCCUCAGCUCUGAGAUCCAACCCCUCCCAUCUGAGAGAGCUAGACCUGAACUACAAUCAUCCAGGAGACUCAGGAGUGAAGCUGCUGUCUGCUGGACUAGAGGAUCCACACUGGAGACUUGACACUCUCAGGGUGGAACACUGUGGAGAACAGUGGCUGAAACCUGGUCUGAGGAAGUAUUCCUGUGAACUCACAGUGGACACAAACACGGUGAACAGAUUCCUCAAACUGUCUGACAACAACAGGAAGGUGACAUUAGUGAAAGAAGAACAGCCAUAUCCUGAUCAUCCAGAGAGAUUUGACUACUGGGAACAGCUGUUGUGUAGAAAUGGUCUGACUGGUCGCUCUUACUGGGAGGUCGAGUGGAGAGUAGGGGUUCAUAUAUCAGUGAGUUACAGAGGAAUCAGAAGGAAAGGACUUAGUACUGACUGCUGGUUUGGAGGAAAUAAUCAGUCCUGGAGUCUUUUGUGCUCUGAUGUUGAUGGUUUUACUGUCUGUCACAAUGACAGAAGAACCCGCCUCUCCUCCUCCUCCUCCUCUGUCUCUAACAGAGUAGCAGUGUAUGUGGACUGUCCUGCUGGCACUCUGUCCUUCUACACAGUCUCCUCUGACACACUGAUCCACCUCCACACCUUCGACACCACAUUCACUGAACCUCUUUAUCCUGGGUUUUGUUUCUGGUUGUUGUCAUCUGGUUCCUCGGUGUCUCUGUGUUCACUGUAGGAGGAGGAGGCUCUUCCUUAGUAAAAAAAACACUCACUGCUGACAAACACAGACACACUCUUUUUUAUAAGUCAUACUCACUGAAAAUGAUGAGAAAACUUUUUUUUGUUGUUGGUGAAUGGGCUGCAUGUCCAUGAUUUGAAAUACAGGGAUUAAUUAAGUAAGUAAAUGUGUUUAACAUACAAGGAAUAGGUAUAUAGUAGGGAUAGAGAGAUUUACCGAUUUGAAUCGGUGGUCCGAGACAGAUCUUUGCGAUGCGAGUGCACCGGUAGCUUCAGUGUGCAUCGGAUACAACUGCAGGCUAAAUGCGCAAUGUAUCUUUCUUUGCGUGUCUGCAUCGGUAAAACCCAUGGUUACAUCGAUUAUUACAUAGUUUAUCUCCUCUGCACCCGUGUUUUCGAGGUGCCUCGAAUGCACCAUCACUAUCUUUUUGGGUGGCACCGCAGACGCAGUUAGUGAGGGAAGCGACACAACAGGUGAAGAGGAGACACUUACAUUUGUAAGCACUUGCAAUUGUUUAUUUUUGUUUAACUGUUAUAUUGUUGUAUAAAUCUCAAUGAUUUCUGCUCUCACUGCUCAGUUAGCCAACUAGAAGAGUGUUAAGCUCAAGCACAUCAGUCUGGCAGGCAGUAGUAUGGGCAUUGCACUAUGAUGAAGUUAUUUGCACAAUACACAUUGUUGAUGUUGGGAAGUUUUAUAAGUGUUUUGUAAAACAUUGUGAAAUUACAGACCGAGAACACUAUUAGUAAAAGGACCUGAGAAAAGGACUGUUUUGUUUUUUUAUUAAGAGGCCAAAAAGAAAUUGCCCGAAUACAAUACAUUAACUAUUGUAUAAGUAGAGAAUGAGAUUAAAAACACAUGUAAUGAAAGAAAUAUUUUUUGUUUAUGAUUUAGUGUUUAUUAGGAAUAAAACAAUCCUCUGUCUGUACCAUA